AGGAAGCCAGCAUUAUAAGGCACACAGAGUGUCCAGCUUUGAAUAAAUAUAUAAGUGCCCAAGUGUCAGUCGUGCUGCAUUGUGGCAGUUUCAUUGCUAAUAUACACAAGACAAAUCAGCCCAACAAAAAAUUAAGGCAAUAGAAGCUGCAAGAACAACUACAGCUUCUCUUUGGUUCUUGUAUCAGCUAGUUUUCACCUCUUUUGAGGUUUUAGAUUUCAAUUCAAUCUAAGAAUUGAGCUAAAAAAUAAUGUCUUCUGAUCUUUAUUUUCAUGAUAGCUCUUUCUACAACCAUUCCAGCCCAGAAAUGGUCUCCUCAGAUGGUGACCUCUUUUUCCCUGACCCUUUUUCUCCUUUCUGUUAUUCUUCGACUGAUAUCUUCCAAGAAUUAUCUAACCACCAAAACACUCAAAACCCAAUUCAUAAUUCCAACUCUGUAGACAAUUUUAGCCCAAAUAUCCUGUCUUCUUCUCCUCCAAGUCACAAACUGGAGAACUUGUCUCUUUAUCAAACAGCCACUUUGCAGCCUCUUGCAGAUGGUUCAAAUUUGGCUAAUUAUUCAAGUUUGGAAAAUGGGUAUAGUAAUUUCUCUGGCUUAGAUGAUUCAGGAGUGAAAACUGAGGAAUGUCAAAUGGGUUUUGACUCCUCUUACAAUCAUAACUUAUUUAUGCCUCAUAGUUACAGUGGUGCGGAGAAUGCAGCAAAAAUGAUGCAAAGAAGCUAUAGCAGCAUUUCUUUUGAAGGCAAGCCUGACUUUCUCUUCCAACCUCGCUUUGACACUCUCUUGGAGUCCCCCAGUUAUCAAAACCAAGCCUUGAGCUCACCUGAAAACAACUUUCUUGCUGGUCAAUUGAGGAGGGUUUGCAGCACUGGAGAUUUACAAAAUAAUAGAACAGCACAUACAACACACAGGUCCUUUUCGAGCCCUUUGGCAACUGAGAGCUCCUUUAUGGAAGAAGCAAACUUCAAAGUUGGUCGUUACAGUGCUGAAGAGAGAAAAGAUAGGAUUUCCAAGUACAGAGCCAAGCGUAAUCAGAGAAAUUUCACCAAGACCAUUAAGUAUGCAUGCCGAAAAACACUAGCAGACAACAGGCCCCGUAUACGUGGCAGGUUCGCUCGUAACGAUGAGAGCGGUGAGACUCCCAAAGCUGGAUGUUCUACCAGACAUGAAGACGCAGAUGAGCUAUGGUUUGAUGAGAUGCAUGGAGAGGAAAAUGAUGGAGGAAUCAGAGGAGGAGGAGGAGGAGGAGGAGGAGAUUUUGUUGACAGUUUUGGCCAAUCUCAGUUUCAGUAUUACAGUUACUGAAAGCUCGUGAAAAUUUUUCUGGAGACUUGUUAACUAGAAAGUUCAAUGUAUAGGACCAGAAAAGUUGAGGAAAGAAAAUGGAGAGAUUAUUAGUUACAUUUAAGAAUUUAGUGCUCUUUAGAUUUGUUAGGUCUUUUCAUAAAUCAUGGAAGAUGUAUCCUACAUUUAUAUGACUGAAAAAUAUUUUUUUCCCUCUAAGUGUAUCUAAUAAUUUCUUAAGAAAAAACUUUUGGAAAAGCAAA